GGCCAUUCGACAGCCUCUUCCCUCCCUCGUUCUGUGUCUUCCUCCGCCGCUGCCCCUCCCCUCCCCUCCACCUGUCGUCCCCUGCUCGCGUCUCCCCUUGCCCCUGCCUCUUUCUUCCUGCCGUCCUUUCGGAACUGCCCCAGCCCCUUUGCUCCGACAAUGCUCUCCUCGGCCGGGAUUUUCCCCCGGAGGCUCGUCGCAAUGUCGGCCCGGCCGGCAUGGCGAGUUGUCCCCUCGAUACCGCACGGCCAGCCUGCGCUGGCGCGCGCCGCCCCCUAUGCCACCUUGCCCUUUCCGGAGACCAGCCCGGCGGCCGGGCCGCCCGGGUCCUCGACCGGGGAUGUCUAUGAUGUGAUUGUCAUUGGCGGUGGGCAUGCCGGGACGGAGGCGGCUGCGGCGUCGGCGCGUGCCGGGGCCCGUACUCUCCUCCUGACGCAGCAGCUCAGCACCCUCGGUGAGAUGUCCUGCAACCCGUCCUUCGGCGGUGUCGGCAAAGGGACCCUCGUCCGGGAGGUGGAUGCCAUGGGCGGCGUGUGCGGCCUCGGUGUCGACGCGGCUGGCAUUCAAUUCCGCGUGCUCAAUCGGUCCCGCGGCCCGGCUGUCUGGGGUCCCCGUGCCCAGGUUGACCGGAAGCUGUACAAGCGCUUUGUCCAGCCCUACCUGGCCCAGUACCCGGGGUUGGAGCUGCGCGAGGCCAGCGUCGAGGAUCUGAUCGUGUCGCAGCACACGGCCGAGACCGACGCCGCCCGGCGUGAGUACCACGCCCGGACGGGGGCCUCCUUCGAGCCCGGCUCGUUGGAUGCCGCCAAUGCCGAAGCCCGGCCGCCGAUGUCCGUGACUGGUGUCGUCCUCGGUGAUGGCUCGGUGGUCCGGUCCAAGUCUGUGAUCAUCACCACGGGCACCUUCCUGCGUGCCAACAUCUUCAUCGGCAUGGAAACCUGGCCGGCCGGGCGCAUGGGCUCCGCCCCGUCCAUCGGCCUGGCCGAGACCAUGCAGAGCCUUGGCUUCCGAGUGGAUCGUCUCCGUACUGGCACCCCGCCGCGCAUCCGCAAGUCCUCCAUCAACUUCGAGGGUUUGCUGGCCCAGCCUUCCGACGAGGUGAUCAUGCCGCUCUCCUACAUGACUGACACUGUGCCGCAGAAGGACAAUCUUGUGUCAUGCUUCCAGACCCGAACCAAUGCCGCGACACAGGCCAUCAUCUUCCCGCGCAUCCAGGACUCCCUGCACAUCAAGGAGGAGGUCACCGGGCCGCGGUACUGUCCCUCCUUCGAGGCCAAGCUCAUUCGCUUCCCCGAGCGCCCGGGGCACAUUGUCUGGCUCGAGCCGGAGGGCCUCGACUCUGAUGUCGUCUAUCCGAAUGGGUACUCCCUGUCGGUGCCGGUCGACGCCCAGCUGGCCGGGCUCCGCACCAUGCCCGGGCUCGAGAACGCCGAGAUCAUUCAGCCCGGCUACGGCGUGCAGUACGACUACAUGGACCCGCGGGACUUGAAGCGCACCUUGGAAUCCAAGCUCGUGGACAACCUCUUCCUGGCCGGGCAGAUCAACGGCACCACCGGUUACGAGGAGGCGGCCGCGCAGGGUCUCAUUGCGGGUGUCAAUGCAGCGCGCCUGUCACACGGCCUGUCGCCCUUCAUCGUCGAUCGGGCGGAUGCUUUCAUCGGAGUUCUCAUUGACGACCUCACCACCAAGGGCACCAGCGAGCCCUACCGCAUGUUCACAAGCCGCUCGGAGUUCCGGAUCACCGUCCGCGCGGACAACGCCGACGAGCGUCUCACACCCAAGGCUUUCGAGGCGGGCAUCGUCCCGCCCGAGCGUUGGGCCCGGUAUCAGUCCUUCCAUGCCGAUGUGGCGGAAAUCAUCCGACUCAUGGAGGCCAAGGAGCUGAGCCCCCAGGAAUGGGCCACUCACGGCAUCACCGUGCGCAUGGAUGGCGCCCGGCGCAAUGCCUUCAAGCUCCUGGAAUAUCCCACCGCGUCGAUGGAGACGCUGAUGGAGAGCGCCUUGCCGGAGCUGCGGAACUUCUCACACGCUGCCCUUGAGCGGGUUCUCGUGCGGGGCCGCUACAGCGGAUACAUCCAGCGUCAGGAGCUCGACGUGGAGAUCUACCGGCGCGAGGAGUUCCUUCGCAUCCCGGAGGACAUCGAUUACUCCAGCAUCGUCCUGUCAGCCGAGACGGUCGAUUGCCUUCAGCGGCAUCGGCCGGCGACCAUCGCCGAAGCGGCCAAACUCCAGGGGGUGACCCCGGGGAAUCUGCUCCAGCUGGUCAAGCACCUCCGCAGCGUCGAGCGCAAGCAAAAGGUUCAGGGGCGCAAGGAUCGCGAAGAGGCCCGAGUCACUGCUGCUGAGGCCGAGGUGAGCGCCCUCGCCGGCUAGCCGGGCUCUGUCCCCCACGCUAUGCGCCCUGCUCUGCGGGGGGCAUUCUUCCACGCCCGAUCGGCGGGCGGGGGGGGAUGAGCAUCAGGGGCGCCCGCGGGUGUUGAGCCCGCUCCCCGGCUCGCGGUGCCCAGAUGCCACCGGAAGGCGCACACGCAUCUCAGGCCCCAACGGUCGGAGUGUCAUUUUGGAUACCCGGGCGAGGCCGAGAAAAAAAAAUAGAAUUUCUCAAAAGUCGUCGUGGA